AUGGCCACAUCACUAUUCAGAUUCCUCUGGCCCUCCAUCGCGAGGCAGCCAGCAAUAAUAUCCACCUCUAUCCCGACGAAGCUCCCCUCCAUACGCACUUUCGCGACGACGCCGUCACCCAACGCAACCCUCAACCAAGUUCUACGACGCGCCCGCCACGCCGUCUCCCCCGCUCUAUCCGACAUGCAGUGCCCGCAGCAGAAGGGCGUGUGCCUAAAAGUCGGCAUCACCAAGCCGAAGAAGCCCAACUCGGGCGAGCGCAAGACGGCGCGUGUGCGCCUCUCGAGCGGCCGCAUGAUCACCGCCUACAUCCCGGGCGAGGGCCACAACAUCCAGCAGCACUCCGUCGUCCUCGUCCGCGGGGGGCGCACUCAGGAUUGUCCUGGUGUGCGCUAUCAUUUAGUCCGUGGGGCUUUGGAUUUGGCUGGUGUCUCCAAUCGUAUGUCGAGUCGAAGCAAAUACGGAACCAAGAAACCAAAGAAGGCAUCUGUCGGCGCAUAG